GGUCUUUUACACUGACAAAUCGCAGUAGGUCGAUUGUGCCAAUUUGGCAAUAUUAGCAGCAUUAUUUAUUCUAUUGUUUUUAUUGGAUUUUUGUGUUAAUUCGCUUCGAUUGUGCUGCAUAUUUCGUUGCACGUUUUUCGCUCAGUGUGUUUUUUUUUCGGGGUCUUGCGUGUCGUUUUUAUAACCUAUCCCCUCACGUUACCAUAUCUCGAUAGUCUCGACUGUGCCGCUUGGCACACAAUUGCCAUAAUUCAAUUUUAGUUUUAAUUUCCGCUUUUCGGCGUAAAUUGCAUUUGCAUUCACACACUGCCUGAGUGUGUGUUGGUGUUGGUGUCGGUGUGUGUGUGUGUCAGCUUUAAUCGCUUUCGACACUAUCGAAUAUAUGUUGUAUAUAUCUAUAUAUGUGUGUGUGUCUCUCUAUAGCCAAAUAUAUCGCGAGUGUAAAUCGAAAAACGCGCAAAUUCCAAUCGCAAAUGGCUCUAAAGAUGAUGAAGUGGCUGGCAGCAGACGCCUGGCUAGGAUUGGCAUUGGCAUUGGCAAUGGGCUUCUCCUCGUUGCCUCUGGCCGAGGGCGGCUCCUGUCGAGAAGCGCAGCUCUGCUGCAAUGGCCGCGAUUCGUCCUGCGUGGUGCAGAAAGCGCCCAUCAAUGCCAUCAUCGAGGACCUCAGCGAUAAGCCGUGCUAUUGCGAUCACGCCUGCCUCAAGCUCGGCGACUGCUGCGACGACUUCAAGGAUCAUUGUGGGGUGCUGGACUGCCAAGUGGGCGAAUGGGGAGCUUGGGGCGAGUGCGACAAAAGCUGCGGCAGCGGGAUGAUGCAGCGCACGCGCCAAAUCCUUCAGGCGGCCCAAAACGGGGGCAAACAUUGCCCCACGCUCCUCCAGAAGCGCGCCUGCCAGGGAUAUCGCUGUCAUGGCCAUCGCGAUAAGAAGAUUUUGCGUGAAAUGGCUUUGCUCCUCCCGGCUUCCCUCUCGCACAGCCACAGCCACAACACGAACGAGAGCAGCGAGCUGAGACGCAACUUGCGCACGCGCUAUCGCGAUUCCUACAAGCACAAUCGGGAUCAUGAAUACUGCGUCGAGUUCGAGGUGAUAAAGGCGUCCAAGGCGUGCCACAAGCUGCCGCCAUACAAUCUGAUGCUGGAAGGCGAUCGCAUCACAGUGCGCUGUGACCUCGAGGCUCUCAUUCAGGACAAGGAGCAGCAGGGAAGCAGCAGCAGCGGAGGAAGAGGCGCCUCCACAAUGACAACAACAAGCACGACGACGACGACGACGACAAGUACACACAAGGCACAUGGCUAUCUGAUGGAGGAUGGCGGCGAGGAUAGCAAGGAUAUCAGCAGCAGCAGCAGCGGAGGCAACAAUAAUGACAACGAGGACAAUGAGGAGGAACAGCAGCAAUUGGAGGAAGACGACAGCGAGGAGGAGGAUGCACAGAACAUGCUCGAGACGGAAGCGGAAAUGGGAUUAGGAAUGGGAAUGGGAAUGGGAACUGGAGCGGAUGCGGAAACGGAAACGGGAGGCGACAGCGAGAGCAGCAGCAACGAGCAGCAAUUGAAGCGCCAACGGCAAUCGCAUCGUUCUCGUAGCGCGACGUCGACAGCGUCGAAGCGGAGCAGCAACAGCAACAGCAAGAGUGCCACAGUGCCUGCCAUGCCACAGUCGUUGCAGUUGCAGCAACAGUUGCCACUCAGCUACCAUUGCCGUGGCGAGGGGCUGUCGGGACGCACGACGCGCUGGAGCGCUCUGGCGGCGCCUUCGUGUCGCGGCAAAUGGCUGCGCCUGACCAUCGGUCCGCCCAAGAAGUGCAACCACGCGCAGUUCAUAUUCAUCUAAGCGAGUGAAUGAAUACGAGUAUGAGUGUAUGAGUGUAGGGUAUACGCCUAGUCUAUGUAGCGAAGAAGAGUUCACAGAGAAAGGAAGAGAGAAGUGGAGUUCGAGUUCGAGUUAGAGCUAGAGUUCGAG